UAAAGACAGUAAAUGCUAGAAAAUAAAAAGGGGUUUAUUCAGUCAUGCAAUUCCAUAUUUAUACCUCUGAGCGCCGCUGUUCACCAAUAAGAGAAAGAAUAUGAAGCUGAAGAUCCAAUAGAAUUGUCAUUUCUAAACAGUGCUGCAGAUCUACAAGAAGAAAUGCAGCCAUAUUUGCUUUUCCUACAAACAGAAGACAUUGUAUUCACUAAUAUAACCUUAAAGAUUUGGAUUCAGCACUGCUAAUUGUCCUUAAUAUUGGAUAUCUGAAAGAAAACAGCUCUAGGAUAUUUUUACAUGAAGAAUGUCUAACAUCAGUGAAUCUCAGAAAUGGAAAGGGAUGAGAUGGCAAGUAACAUUUUCCUUCUUUUUUUCAUGGUUUUGUCAUUCAGUAUGUAGUCAGCUUCAUUACUCAAUUUCUGAAGAAAUGAGAAAAGACUCUGUUGUAGGUAAUAUUGCAGCAGACCUUGGGUUAGAUAUAAAGCAGCUCUCAUUUAGGAGACCUCAUGUUGUUUCACAAAUGUCUGAAAAAUAUUUUUCUAUAGAUUUAGAAAAUGGAGAUUUAUUUGUCAAAAACAGGAUUGAUAGAGAGACACUAUGUGGGAAAGAAGACACGUGCUUAUUAGUAUUUGAUGCAGUGGUUGAAAAUCCUUUAAAUGUGUUCCGGGUCAACAUUCAGAUAAAUGAUAUAAAUGAUAAUCCUCCAAGGUUCUUUCAUGAUAAUAUCAAUUUAGAAAUCAUUGAAUUUAGUUUACCAGGAACAAAAUAUGUUUUACAAAAUGCGGAAGAUCCAGAUAUUGGCAAUAAUUCCGUGCAAACCUACAGGCUCAGUGAUAAUCCAUACUUUACACUGAAUGAAAAGACCAGAACUGAUGGUAGCAAAUUUCCAGAACUUGUCCUGGAGAAACCUUUGGACCGGGAGACACAAAAUGUCCAUGAAUUGAUUUUAACAGCCCUAGAUGGAGGAAGUCCAAUUAGAUCAGGAACGGUUUCAAUAAAAGUCAUGGUUAUUGAUGCCAAUGAUAAUUUUCCGAUAUUUACACAAGAGGUUUAUAAAGUGAGUAUCAGUGAAAACACUCCAGUCAAUUCUAUUAUACUUCAUGUAAAUGCAACAGAUCAAGAUGCGGGUAUCAAUGCAGAGAUAAUAUAUUCCUUAAGUGAAACUUCAGGAAAUAAGGCUCAAACAACUCUAUUUACUAUACAUCCAACAAAUGGAGAUAUCAAGACAACAAACGUAUUGGAUUAUGAAGCUUCCAAAAACUAUGAAAUGUCUAUACAAGCAAAGGAUGGAGGUGGUCUUGUAGCCCAUUCUAAGGUUUUAAUAGAAAUAAUAGAUGAAAAUGACAAUCCACCUGAUCUAUUUAUUACAUCAUUAUCUACUCCAGUAUCUGAGGAUGUCUUGCCUGGCACAGUAAUAGCACUUAUACAAGUCCAUGAUAAAGAUGCAGGAAAAAAUGGUGAAAUCGACUGUCAAAUAGUGGAAAAUGUACCCUUUGAAAUGUUUUCGUCAGAUAACUUUUAUAGAAUAGUUACAACAAGUACAUUGGACCGAGAGAAAUUGUCAAGCUAUAACAUAACAAUUCUAGCAGCUGACAGAGGAUCUCCCCCACUUUCCAUGAAGAAAGUAAUACACUUGGAUAUUUCUGAUGUUAAUGACAACCCGCCAGUAUUUAUGAAACCAUCUUUUGAUGUUUAUGUGCCAGAAAAUAAUUUACCCGGAGUUUCAAUAUACAAGGUUCAUGCAUCAGAUCUUGAUACCGGAGAUAAUGCUAAAAUUAUAUAUUCAAUAUGCAGCCCAAUAAUAGAAGAGUUCCCAGAAUCCUCUUUUCUUUCCAUUAAUAUUGAAACUGGAGUUCUCUAUGCUCAAAGAUCAUUUGAUUAUGAACAGUACAAGGAGUUUGUUAUUCAUAUAACUGCUAAAGACAAUGGAUCACCUUCUCUCAGUAGUAAUACAACAUUAAUAAUCCAUAUUGUCGAUCAGAAUGAUAAUGCUCCAAGAAUCUUGUAUCCAUCAACAGAAACUGGAAGUUCAGCUGUGUUUGAAAUGGUCCCUUUAGCCGCUGAACAUGGUUCUUUAAUAACUAAGGUGGUUGCUGUGGAUGCUGACGCUGGACACAAUGCUUGGCUCUCAUACCAUCUCAUACAAAUAUCAGAAUCAUCUCCGUUUACCAUUGGCCAACACACGGGUGAGAUUAGGACAUUGCGGACCUUUCAAGAAAAGGAUGUGUUUAAGCAUAAGGUAGUUGUUAUGGUGAAGGACAAUGGGGACCCCUCUCUGUCAGCAUCAGUGACCAUAAGUUUAAUUGUUGCAGAUAAUUUUCAGCAGAUGCUUCCUAAAAUCAACAUUCAAUACACCAAUGAAGAAUCUAAAUCUAAUUUGGAAAUGUACUUGGUUAUAGCCCUGGUGAUUAUAUCUUUGUUUUUUGUACUAACUAUCAUGUUAGCAUUUAUAUCAAAAUGUAAAGAACUGAAAUCUACCCCAUAUUUUGGAUCUCUCAGUACAAAUCUGUAUUCUCAAGUGGAUCCCAGGAUGCUUUCUCAAUAUAACAAUGGAACCUUGCCCCUGCCUUAUUCAUACAAUGUUUGCGUGGCAUUGGAUUCUUGUGAAAACGACUUUACUUUUGUUAAACCAAAUCAAAAUGUCCCUGUAGACAAUCUUAUCGAUGCUGAUGAUUCAGGACAUGGAUAUGAAAGUGUAACAGACAAUGUGGUCACUAACAAUCCUACUCAGGUGAGUUUAUAUUUAUAUGAAAAAUGUCUAGAUAGCAAUAUAGAUAUUGUCCAGUUUAAUUGUUUACUACAAAAAAGUGUCUCUGAUUACCUGUUUUAUGCGUUGCAUGAAUCAAUGAUACAGAGGGCGAUCUCCAGUGAAACUGAGGAAAAUGAACUUCGAAAGUGCUGUAAAUUUGGCAUGAUAUGUCCACCUGUCAUCAUAUGUGUCCACCGUUGA